UUUGUAAUUCCCGCCUUCCCCGCGCAUAGCCAGUCACGAGAGCGAAAGGCGGGGACAGUUAACGGAUUGGCCAAUGUAAGGGCGCUGUCCUAUGACGGACAGCUGGGCAACCAAUCAAAUCCUUGGGUCGGUUCCGCUCAGGUAUAUAAGGCGGGUGCGCGGGAGGGGCCGGGCUCUCAGUUACAGGUGGGGGAGGGGCCCAGAGAGCGAGACACGCCGGUACCGUCAUCUCGAGGAGGAGCAUGAGUGAGGCGGAAGCCCAGGAGCCCGAACCGGUGCCACAACCGGAGUCCGAACCCGAGAUCCAGAAGCCCGGAAUUGCCGCGGCUCGAAACCAGGCCAACAAGAAAGUGCUGGAACAAGUGCUUGUAUCUCCACUCACAUCAACUACUGAUAGGAUAUUACACGGAACAACCACAGUGAUUUCUCAUCUCCAUUUAAUACAGGAAGCCACUCAAGUGCAAGGAACAGUGAAGUGGUUUAACGUUCGCAACGGCUACGGAUUUAUCAACAGAAAUGACACCAAAGAAGAUGUGUUUGUGCAUCAGACUGCAAUAAAAAAGAACAAUCCACGGAAGUUUCUGCGCAGUGUGGGUGAUGGUGAGACGGUGGAGUUUGAUGUCGUAGAAGGAGAGAAGGGAGCAGAGGCGGCCAAUGUGACGGGCCCAGGAGGGGUCCCAGUUAAAGGGAGUCGCUUUGCCCCAAACAGACGCAGGUUUCGCCGGCGUUUCUACAGGCCCCGUGCGGAUACUGCGGGAGAGUCUGGGGGUGAAGGGGUUAGUCCUGAACAGAUGAGUGAAGGGGAGAGAGGGGAGGAGACUUCCCCACAGCAGAGACCCCAGCGUAGGCGACCCCCUCCAUUCUUCUACAGAAGGCGCUUCAGAAGGGGUCCCAGACCCAAUAACCAGCAGAACCAGGGAGCAGAGGUUACAGAGCAGUCUGAGAAUAAGGACCCAGUUGCCCCCACAUCGGAAGCCCUGGCUAGUGGUGAUGAUCCGCAGAGACCGCCCCCUCGCAGGUUCCGACAAAGAUUCCGCAGGCCUUUCCGUCCUCGCCCUGCACCUCAGCAGACCCCAGAAGGAGGUGACGGAGAGACCAAAGCUGAAUCUGGGGAAGAUCCUCGGCCGGAGCCACAGAGGCAACGUAACCGACCUUAUGUCCAGCGGCGCAGGCGCCAAGGGGCCACCCAAGUAGCGGCCACAGCCCAGGGUGAGGGCAAAGCAGAACCAACUCAGCACCCUGCUUCUGAAGAAGGGACCCCCAGUGAUUCUCCCACAGAUGACGGAGCACCUGUUCAGAGCUCUGCCCCGGAUCCAGGGAUUGCAGAUACACCUGCCCCAGAAUGAACUCAUCCGCUGCUAGAAACGUGCCAUUUUCAGGGGCACAGGUGCCAGCGCUCUUCCAUCUUCCGGCUGCACUGGAUUCCAUGGGAAUUUUUGGGACACUGCAAUAGUUCACUUUAAUUGGGGGUGUUCCCCCUGCACUGUUUGUAUUGGUGGGAGGGGCUUGUUUGCACUUUGUUUGGGGCGUUCUGUUUUAUUGCACAGAGUGAUGCAGCAGUAAAGAUGGAACUGCA